AUGGCGAAACGAAGAACGAAGAAGCGCACGCACGUUGCGGCGAACCCAAAUGCCAAAACCUCUGCGGCCCCGACAACCGGCCAUGCCAACAUACGGGAUCCCAAGAGCAUGGUCAUUCGCAUAGGCGCUGGUGAAGUCGGAUCCAGCGUCAGUCAAUUGGCGACCGAUGUGCGCCGGGUGAUGGAGCCCGGCACUGCGAGUCGAUUGAGAGAGAGAAGGGCGAACAGGUUACGAGACUAUCUCACCAUGUGCGGACCUUUAGGCGUUACACAUCUGCUUCUCUUCUCAAGAUCCGAGUCUGGCAAUACAAACCUGCGCAUUGCUCUAACUCCAAGGGGACCGACACUGAACUUCAGAGUUGAGAAGUACUCGCUAGCAAAGGAUGUUCGGAGAGCAAUGCGACAUCCGAAAGGGGGUGGAAAGGAAUACAUUACGCCGCCAUUGCUGGUCAUGAACAACUUCACAAGCCCUACAUCUGAUGCAAAUUCGAAAACACCGAAACACCUCGAAUCUCUAACCACAACCGUCUUUCAGUCUCUCUUUCCGCCAAUCAACCCCACUACCACCCCGCUGAAGUCGAUACGGAGAGUACUACUAUUGAAUCGCGAGCAGUCAGAAGACGACGGUUCAUUUGUGGUCAAUGUCAGACAUUAUGCUAUUACGACCAAGGCCACAGGCCUCUCUAAGCCCCUCAAGCGCAUCAACGCGGCCGAGAAGCUCUUCGGCAGCAAAAGCAAGAAGGCGGCCAUGCCGAACUUGAGCAAGCUCCAGGAUAUCUCUGAAUUUAUCAAUGGAGGUGAAAAUGGCGACGGCUACACAACAGAUGCUACAAGUGGCAGCGAGAUCGGCACAGACGACGAAGUUGAGGUUCUGGAAACGGCACCAAGGAGAGUCCUAACUGCCAAAGCUCGCGUAGCUGCGGCUGAGGCAGAACCACUCGAUACACCUGCGGACGAGAGGGUCGAACGUCGUGGUGUUAAACUGGUUGAGUUAGGACCGCGCAUGAAAUUGAGGAUGACCAAGGUUGAGGAAGGGCUUUGCUCUGGUAAAGUUAUGUGGCACGAGUAUAUCCAUAAGACCAAGGAUGAAAUCAGAGAGCUCGAGAAGACAUGGGAAAAGCGGAACAAAGAGAAGGAGGCGAGGAGGCAACAGCAGAAAGAAAAUGUGGAGAAGAAACAGAAAGCUAAGGCUGAAAAGCGGGCUCAAGGCAAGGACGACGAGGAUGAGGAUGAAAUGGAUCUGGAUGACCUUGGAAGCGAUGCGUACGAGUAUUUGGAUGAGGAUGAGGAUGCGUUUGACAGCGAGGGCUUGGAGGGCGACAUUGAGACACAGAUCCAUGAGCGAAUGGAAGAGAAUGGCGAGUGGGAAAGUGAGGAGGAAGAUAUAGCUGAUGGAGGAUGA